CGCCGGCGCGCGGGGCCGCCACACUCCGCCGGAGCGCGCAGGAUGUGCCACGCGCGCAGCCAUCUCCACGCCAUGACCGGCCCCGGGGCCCCCGCUCCCUCCACCGGCUCCGGCCUCCGGCGGGCCUCCGGCCCCGAGAUCUUCACCUUCGAGCCCCUGCCGGAGCCGGCGGGAGCGUCCCCCGCGCGCCUCGGCCCUUCCCGCGCCCACCGAAAGCGCAGCCGCAGGGUGCUCUAUCCUCGAGUGGUCCGGCGCCAGCGGCCGAGCGAGGAGCCCAGCGUCGCCAAGAGGGCCCUCUUCCUCCUGCUCGCCGUGGUCUUCUGCCAGAUCCUGAUGGCCGAAGAGGGCGUGUCGCAGCCCCUGGCCCCGGAGGACGCCCCGGGCGCCGCCUCCCCCGAGCCCACCUCCGCGCCCCCGGCCCUCGCGCCCCUGAACCUGACCUCGGAGUCCUCCUCGGACUACGCUCUGGACCUUAAAGCCUUCCUUCAGCAACACCCAGCGGCCUUCUGAGGGCCACGGGUCGCAGCCCGAAACCAGAACCGAGAGGCACCAGGCGUACGGGUGCGCGAGUAUCCCACACUGGGACUUCAAGGCAGCGCAGACUCCACACUACCCAGACUCUGGGGCCGGCGGGUGGCCCGGCCCGGCGGGAGGACAGGCUUCCCGGGCCCUGACCCUUAUUUAUGUAUUUAUGUGUGUCCUCCCAGGCGAAGGAGGGCCGUGUGUAAUAUUUAUUUUAACUUAUGCGGGGGUGCGUGCUAUGCCCCUUGCCGUCCUUGGGAUUAUUUAUUAGGAUUUCUGGGGUCGGGAGACAGCGGUGGGGGCGGGCCUGGACCGGCGCUAGGACCCCCAGCGUGCGGACCGCUCUUGGUGGUGGGGCGCCGGCUUGGGGGGACGCUGUCUGCCAGCUCCUCGACUCUGUAGCCUGUGGCAAGGCUUCGGCGGGCCCCUGGGAAUCCGGCCCGAGGGCCCGGUUCCGCUCAGGGGCGGCCGCGGGAGCCUGGGUCCAUGGAUUGCCGGAGGGCGGCUCUCGGGGGCCGCCAGUAUGUUCUGUGAACACGAAUAAACUUGAUUGCCUUGUCAUUA